AUGGUAGUGUGCCCAUGUCCACACCCUCCUCCAGUGGACAAGACAAUGAUGGCAAGGUACGACAAGCUGGAGGAUGGCCUCCGUAAGAAUUGGGCCUCUUUGCACGACGCGGACGCUGACCUUAAAGGGACCCGAUCCUCUGCAACCGGGGAGGUGGCCUCCAUGGAGGCCAUGCAGCAACUGCAGGCACAGGAGGCACGUGAUGCAGCAGAGCUGGAAGAGGCACAGCAAUCGCAAGUUCGUGAAUGGGUAGCUCGCACGGUGGACAAGUCCUCGGAAAACGAUCAGUAUGCCAAAGAAGCCCUGACGUCAAGAGAGGAGCAAGCAGAUUCAGUGUUGCAGCAGCAACAAGAGGUUAGGUCGGCGACGCGGUCCUGGAGAACAGAAGUGAGACACCACAAGAAGGACCCCUGCAGCCCAAUCACGCUGAAGCAGCAGGCGGAGCAGCGGUGGAAAUGCCUCUUCGGGGAUGCCGGCGUGGCCUACGCCCCUCCUGGGACUGGCUGGGCUGCCUACUCCGGAUGGAAGAGGGACCGCUUCUCUGUCUUCAGCCAGAGCUCAAGCUACCUGGGUCUAAAGCGAGGGGAUGUUUUCGAACUUGCGCUCCGCGCACGAAAUGUGGGCACGGUCAGCUCCAUCACUCUGCCGGAAGAGCUGUCGAAGAGGCUUACACGAAUGAGAAGCCUCCCCCCGGUCGGGGUGCCGUGA